UGGUUCCUCCCGGCGAGCCGGAUUCGCAAAGGCAGAAAUCUGACCCGAGUCUCGCUCAAUUCGGUGCAGAUUCGGCGGGCUAGGGUUCCGUGCCGGCGAUGAAGGAGAAGCGCGGGCUCGAAGCACCCGCCGCCGCAGGCGACGGAGGCCCUGACGCUAAGCGGCCGCGGCCCCCGGCUCUGGCUAGUGUUAUUGUUGAAGCACUAAAGGUGGAUAGUCUGCAGAGGCUUUGCUCAUCACUGGAACCAAUUCUCCGUAGAGUGGUUAGUGAAGAAGUGGAGCGUGCCUUGGGAAAACUUGGUUCUGCUGCAAUCACUGGGAGGUCUUCUCCAAAGCGAAUUGAAGGUCCUGGUGGAAGUAAUCUGCAACUCCAGUUCAGGACAAGACUGUCCCUUCCCCUUUUUACCGGAGGAAAAGUUGAAGGGGAGCAGGGUGCCGCAAUUCAUGUUGUUUUGCUCGAUACUGGCACUGGCCGUGUUGUAUCUUCUGGACCAGAGUCGUCUGCCAAGCUUGAUAUUGUUGUUCUAGAAGGUGAUUUCAACAAUGAAGACGAGGAAGGCUGGACAGGGGAAGAAUUCGACAGCCAUGUAGUGAAGGAGCGUGAGGGAAAACGACCUAUUAUAACUGGCGAUAUACAAGUCACAUUGAAAGAAGGUGUUGGCACAAUUGGGGAGUUCACGUUCACGGAUAACUCUAGCUGGAUAAGAAGUAGGAAAUUCAGACUUGGUUUGAAAAUUGCCUCAGGAUUUUGCGAAGGUGUUCGCAUCCGCGAGGCAAAAACUGAAGCUUUCAUGGUUAAGGACCAUAGAGGAGAAUUGUACAAGAAGCACUAUCCACCUGCAUUGAAGGAUGAGGUCUGGAGAUUGGAGAAAAUAGGGAAGGAUGGGUCGUUCCAUAAGAGGCUGAACAAAUCUGGAAUUUUAACAGUUGAAGAAUUCCUUAGGCUUGUUGUUCGGGACCCACAGAAGUUGCGCACUAUCCUCGGAAGUGGUAUGUCCAACAAGAUGUGGGAUGCCCUGGUUGAACAUGCAAAAACUUGUGUCCUAAGUGGAAAAUAUUACAUAUAUUACUCUGAUGAGAACAGAACUGCUGGUGCUAUUUUCAAUGACUUAUAUGCAUUCUGCGGGUUGAUUUCCGGCGAGCAAUUCUAUUCAUCUGAGAGUCUUGAUGAUAGCCAAAAGCUCUUUGCUGAUGCAUUGGUGAAGAAAGCAUAUGACAAUUGGAUGUAUGUCAUUGAAUAUGAUGGUAAAGCUCUCGUGAAUCCUAAAUCGAAGAAAAGGGUUGCAUCAAUUAGUCAAGCUGAGGCUCACGCUCCUCCUCCUCCUCCUCCUGCAUAUGCGCAGCGCAUUUCUUCAACGAGUAUGUCAGGCCCAUCAUCAGCAGGCACAACUGGUUCUAUAGGAUAUGAUGGCAACCAGUCAGCAACACAGUUUUCUCAGCUUCAAAGUACACCCGCCAAUGUUCCCGCACCAUAUGAUGACACCUUUUCAUUUUUGCCGCCUAGCAUGUUGAUGGGCUCUGUCAACCAAGGAGCUGCCAGCGACGCCAUGGGUCUCGAACUGGGCCAGUUGCAACAAGUAAUUUCUCAAGGCCAGUCAAUUCAGCCAGCAAACAUGGGCUACGAUGAUUGGCAUCGAACCCGUGAUAACCAGUAUGCUGAUGACUUCACCGAGGACAUCCGCAUGAAAAGCCACCAGAUGCUGGAGGGCGAAGACAUGCAGCAGCUGCUCAGGGUCUUCAAUAUGGGUGGAGCUUCUAAUGGCUUGGCAGAUGAAACGUUUGCCUUCCAGUCUUACAUGCCAUCCCCAUUGCCAACCAUAGGUUUCGAUGGUGAGCCCAGCCGUCCAUCUGGCAAGGCUGUUGUUGGGUGGCUCAAGAUAAAGGCUGCUAUGAGAUGGGGAAUCUUUGUCAGGAAGAAAGCUGCAGAGAGAAGGGCACAGCUUGUUGAGCUAGAGGAUGAAAGCAUACCUUAGACGACAUGUGCUCACUGUUAGAUGUUACUGUUGAAAUGUGAAAUACCCCCAGCUGCUGCUGCUGCAAACUAGUUCUUUGGUUCACAUUAUUCAACCGAAACUAGCUUCUGUAAAUCUACAGCGGGUAGCUCAGUUAUCUUGUAAAAAGAACGUCCCUGUAUAAUUUCGACAUGGAUUCUCGUUUAACUUUGUACCCGUUUUUUGGUUAAAUUCGUGCAGACUAUUACUGUAGAAAACGAUGUGAAUUAAUGUGAAACAGCGUUACGCUGAUAUGGCUAGAAAUCUUUUGUGGUCCA